AUGUGCGACCACUCUGACCCCGGCGCUACCCAGAAGGUCAACGGCGCCGCCCCCGAGACGCACGUCGGCAUCGACACCUCGAUGUCGCUCGGCUCCAACGGCGCCCCCGCCAACGGCGCUGAGGUGCGCAGGCAGCCUCACCUCGGCGACACGGGCAACGCCGGCAACGUCCAGCCCUUCAACUCGCGCUACUCGGACUUCUUGAGCAACGUCUCCAACUUCAAGAUCAUCGAGUCGACUCUGCGAGAGGGCGAGCAGUUCGCCAACGCCUUCUUCGACACCGAGACCAAGAUCAAGAUUGCCAAGGCGCUCGACAAGUUCGGCGUCGACUGCAUCGAGCUCACGUCGCCCGCGGCGUCGGAGCAGUCGCGCAAGGACUGCGAGGCCAUCUGCAAGCUCGGCCUCAAGACCAAGGUCAUCACCCACAUCCGAUGCCACAUGGACGACGCCAGGAUCGCCGUCGAGACGGGCGUCGACGGCGUCGACGUCGUCAUGGGCACCUCCAAGUUCCUCCGCGAGUACUCGCACGGCAAGGAUAUGACCUACAUUACCAAGACUGCCAUCGAGGUCAUCCAGUUUGUCAAGAGCAAGGGCAUCGAGAUCCGCUUCUCGACCGAGGACUCGUUCCGCUCCGACCUCGUCGACCUGCUCAGCAUCUACCAGGCCGUCGACAAGGUCGGCGUCAACCGCGUCGGAAUCGCCGACACGGUCGGUGUGGCCAACCCGCGCCAGGUCUACGACCUGGUCCGCACGCUGCGCGGCGUCGUUGGCUGCGACAUCGAGUGCCACUUCCACAACGACACGGGCUGCGCCAUCGCCAACGCCUACACGGCGCUCGAGGCCGGCGCCACCCACGUCGACACGUCGGUGCUCGGCAUUGGCGAGAGGAACGGCAUCCCGUCGCUCGGCGGCUUCAUUGCGAGAAUGUACACGGCGGACCGCGAGUACGUGAUGAGCAAGUACAACCUCAAGGCGCUGCGCGAGGUCGAGAACCUGGUCGCCGAGGCCGUCCAGAUCCAGGUGCCGUUCAACAACUACGUCACGGGCUACUGCGCCUUCACGCACAAGGCGGGCAUCCACGCCAAGGCCAUCCUGGCCAACCCGUCGACGUACGAGAUUAUCCGACCCGAGGACUUUGGCAUGAGCCGCUAUGUCAGCAUCGGCCACCGCCUGACGGGCUGGAACGCGGUCAAGUCGCGCUGCGAGCAGCUCGAGCUGGACCUGACCGAGGAGCAGGUCAAGGAGGCCACCGCCGCCAUCAAGAAGCUCGCCGACGUGCGCGAGCAGACGAUGGAGGACGUCGACCGCAUCCUGCGCAACUAUGCCAGGAGCAUCGAGGCCAGCGCCGCCUAA